AUAAUUUGUUUAAUUUAUCUGCAUUCCCAUGGACCUCUCUAUAUAUUCAUACUAACAGGGAGUCACUUCCCCUUGAAAGAAAAGAAAAGAAAAGAAAAGAAAAGAAAUUAGUUUCAUUUUCUUUACUGAUUCAAUUAGCCAUAAUUAUGUUUAAGAACUUGUUUUUGUGUUUGUUGCUUUCUGCGCGAAGUAGCUGAUUCUUACAGCUUUUAUCGACACUAGAGAUAAAAGUAGGUCUUGAACUAUAGAUACAGCUUCAUUUUAUCUGCCAGAGCAAGAUGCAAGACAUGGGUAGAGAAGAUCAUCAUCAUCACCAGCAUCAUCACUCUGAUACAGAGCUCUUAUCUGGUGAAAGGGUACCUUACACUGGUCCCUUAAGCGGACCUCUUAACAAGAGAGGAACAAGAAAGAGCGCCAGGUUCAACAUCCCAGAGUCCAGUUCAGCCCAGGAUGAACAAUACGUGGAGGUCACCCUGGAUCUCCGCGAUGAUUCUGUGGCUGUCCACAGUGUGAAAGCAGCAAAUGGUAUGGAAGAAGAUCCAGAAGUGUCACUACUUGCCAAAGGUCUGGAGAAAAGAUCUACCUCAAAAGUUAUGAGGAAUGCUUCUGCCAGGAUCAGGCAGGUUUCCCAGGAAUUAAAGCGAAUUACUUCAUUCUCCAAGAGACCUCCUCCUCCGGGUCGCCUCGACAGGAACAAAUCUGCGGCUGCUCAUGCUUUGAAAGGACUUAAGUUUAUCAGCAAGACUGAUGGAGGUGCAGGGUGGGCCGCCGUGGAGAAGCGGUUCCAUGAAAUUACUUCUUCCACGGAUGGGUUGCUUCCCCGCUCACGAUUCUGUGAAUGCAUAGGAAUGAAGGAAUCUAAGGAAUUCGCAGGGGAGUUGUUUGAUGCACUUGCAAGGAAGAGGAAUAUAGAAGGUGAUUCAAUCAGUAUGGCUGAGUUGCAGGAAUUCUGGGAACAGAUUUCCGACCAGAGCUUCGAUUCCAGGCUUCAAACUUUCUUUGACAUGGUUGAUAAAGAUGCGGAUGGUAGAAUCACAGAAGAGGAAGUCAGAGAGAUUAUUACCCUUAGCGCUUCUGCAAAUAAACUCUCAAACAUCCAAAAACAAGCAGAGGAGUAUGCAGCCUUGAUCAUGGAAGAGCUGGAUCCAGAAAAUCAUGGAUAUAUCAUGAUAGAGAACCUGGAAAUGCUUCUAUUGCAAGGACCAAACCAAUCUGUAAGAGUAGGAGAGAGCAAAAACCUGAGCAAAAUGCUUAGCCAGAAGCUUAAGCCAACACUGGAUGACAACCCAAUAACGAGAUGGUGUAGAAGCAUCAAGUAUUUCAUUUUAGACAACUGGCAGAGAGUGUGGGUGAUAGCUAUUUGGAUUGGGGUUAUGGCUGGCCUAUUUGCCUGGAAGUAUGUGCAGUAUCGACGCAGAGCAGCCUAUGUGGUAAUGCGCGAAUGCGUCUGUAUCGCCAAGGGAGGAGCUGAGACACUGAAAUUGAAUAUGGCUUUAAUAUUACUACCAGUCUGCAGAAACACCAUCACCUGGCUCAGGAAUAAGACCAAGUUGGGUGUUGUGGUUCCUUUUGAUGACAACCUCAAUUUCCACAAGGUGAUAGCAGUUGGGAUUACAAUUGGAGUUGGUCUGCAUGGAAUUUCUCAUUUAACCUGUGACUUCCCGCGGCUUCUUCAAGCAAAUGAAGAGAAAUGGAAGCUUAUGCAGCCAUUUUUUGGGGAUCAACCUUCAAGCUACUGGCAUUUUGUGAAGGAAGUGGAGGGAGUGACUGGGAUCAUAAUGGUGAUAUUGAUGGCAAUAGCCUUUACACUAGCUACCCCCUGGUUCAGGCGUAACAGGCUCAAUUUGCCCCCUUUCCUCAAGAAGCUCACUGGCUUCAAUGCCUUUUGGUACUCUCACCAUCUCUUCAUCAUUGUCUACGCCCUGCUCAUUGUGCAUGGUCAUUACCUCUACUUGACUGAUAAAUGGUACAAGAAAACGACCUGGAUGUAUUUGGCUAUUCCUAUAAUCCUUUAUGCCAGUGAAAGAUUGACUAGGGCACUAAGAUCCAGCAUCAAGCCUGUUACCAUCAAAAAGGUGGCUAUUUAUCCUGGAAAUGUGUUGGCACUUCACAUGUCAAAGCCUCAGGGAUUUAGAUACAAGAGUGGGCAAUACAUGUUUGUUAACUGUGCUGCUGUCUCUCCAUUUGAAUGGCACCCAUUUUCCAUCACUUCUGCUCCUGGAGAUGACUAUCUUAGUGUUCACAUUAGAACCUUGGGUGAUUGGACAAGGCAACUCAAAACAAUAUUCUCACAGGUUUGCCAACCACCUGACACUGGGAAAAGUGGACUUCUCAGAGCUGAGGGCUUACAAGGAAACAACAAUCCAAUUUGUUUUCCAAGAGUUUUGAUUGAUGGUCCAUAUGGAGCACCAGCACAGGACUACAAGAAAUAUGACGUGGUUCUGCUUGUGGGUCUAGGAAUUGGAGCAACUCCAAUGAUAAGCAUUGUCAAGGAUAUAGUGAGCAACAUCAGGGACAUGGAAGAAGAAGGAGAGGGUGCACUAGAAAAUGGUACAUUGCCACGAACACUUAGUCCUAAUACACUAAAACGAAAAGAAAACUUCAAGACAAGCAGGGCAUAUUUUUAUUGGGUGACAAGGGAGCAGGGGUCCUUCGAAUGGUUUAAAGGGGUGAUGAACGAGGUGGCUGAACUAGACCACAACAAUGUCAUAGAACUCCAUAACUAUUGCACUAGUGUUUAUGAAGAGGGAGAUGCAAGAUCUGCCUUAAUUGCCAUGCUUCAAUCUCUCCACCAUGCCAAGAAUGGUGUUGACAUUGUCUCUGGCACUCGAGUUAAAUCCCACUUUGCCAAGCCCAAUUGGAGGACCGUCUACAAGCGCAUUGCCCUUAACCACCCCAAUUCUCGAGUUGGGGUGUUUUACUGUGGAGCACCAGCCCUUACAAAAGAGCUACGCCACCUAGCCUCUGAUUUCUCACACAAGACGAACACCAAGUUUGAUUUUCACAAAGAAAAUUUCUAAUUUUCAAAGGACGAGAAGAGAAAGAUAGAGAGAGACAUCACUGGCCCAUAACUAUUCUGGAGCUCCACCAAGAUCCCACUUUCUAGCACGUUACAAAGAAAAGACCCCUUUUGUUGACCUUUAGCUUUAAAUUGAUCAAUAAUUAUUUAAGUUUGCUUUACAUUUCUAUAGAAAUUUUGGUAGAAUGAUGCACCUUACGAGAUAGUGUGUUGGUUGAUUGGAGGGGGCAGCCCAGAGCCCACCAAAAAAAAAUUUUAAAGUGUGUGAGCAUGACUAAUGCUGUGCUCACUGCUCACCUAUAUGAAUCUGUAUCUGUGUCUUUGGGAGAAAAAAAAAAUUCUCUGUAUAAAAAGGCGAAUGUAAAGUGUUUUCUUCCUUUUUCA